AUGACGCGGGUGAAUCUGUGCAACGCGCCUCGGACGCGUCUGGUUCCACGUCAUGAUUCGCGUGGCGCGCUUUUAUGGUGGGGCCUCCCAUCUCAGCGCAAUGGCCCGCUCGUCUUCCGCUCAACCAAGGCGACAAGACACCACAAUUACAACCGCGGCCAGCGUACGCUCUUCGAUUUUUGCCUGCUUGUUUCUGUUCGUAACUGCGUCGUUUUCCUUUUUGGUCUCUCCAAGUGUUUUUCGCAUGUCAGACCAACACUGUUGUCCUCCAUCUCUUUGAUAUCCCGAGCGCCCUCCAACAAUACCACCACGCGUGUCGCGUCACAUCCGCAUCCGCAGGCUGCACUAGCAGCUCAAGAGCACCACCGCCUUCGACCCAUUCUCUUUACGGGGGUGAUGGACCCGGUUGAAGAUGCAAAGCUCUCUCCCAAGCGCGAACUCCUGAGACCGACAAGCGACAAACGGCGUACUCUGCGGACGUACAGCAAACGAUUGCGCCUGACCGAAGAUGAGAGUGGCUCGGGGCCGUUGAUGAAGAAGCGCAAAGUCGACAAAGAACCGGCCACGCGUACGCCAGACCUCCCGAGGCUUCCUCCUGCACAGCCCGCGCCGCCAUCAAGCAACAUACCCAAGAGCUCCAUCCUCAGUUAUUUCAAACCGUGUCGCUCGAGUUCAGCCACCGAAUCCUCCGACCUGCUGUCCGAGUCCGACAAGUUGAUCAACACCCCGCCUUCGCCGCCCCCGGUUUCUCGAAAGACGAAAGAGCCCCGCCGGCUGAGGCUGAGGCCCAGCACGCCCAUAUACCCCUCGUCGGACACGACGGAAGACUCGACAGACCAUAAUGAAGAAUACAGAGACAUAGAUAGGCCAGGUUUACGGAAGGGCUUGAGGUCAAGGACACGAAGCACGAGAGAACGUUGGGACACUGCCAAUGUCGACGGACUUGGAGACGAAGAAGAGCCGAAAUCGUCUCCCGUCCCAAAAAAACCACAAGUACGGUCAAAGCCGGUCGCCACGGUGCAGACCACAAUCAACCUCUCGUCGAAGCCCACCUUCAUGGAGUGCAAGACAUGCCGCAUUGUCUACAAUCCGCUGCACCCCGCCGACGUCAAAUACCACUCGCAGAGGCAUGCGGUCUUCCUUCGGGGCAGGGCUAAGGCAUGA